AUGGACUCGCAGCCCCUCAAUCCGAAUAUCGCAGAGAUCGCUCGCAGUGGCCGCUCGUCGUGCAAGAAGUGCAAGCUCACGAUUGGCGACAAGACUCUUCGUGUCGGCAAGCAGUACGAAAACGGCGACCGCGUCAUGACGACGUGGUAUCACCCGGCGUGCUGGCCGGUGCCGAAGAAGCUGGCUUCGCUCGCGGCGCGCGCUCCUUCUCUUCCUCCCUCUCCUCCUCCGCCGCCGCCGCCAUUGCUGCCUCCGCCCCGCCCUCGCUGCUCGAUCUUUCCACCGACCUGCUCGCUUGCGAUCAUUUCGCAGGAUGUCGAGAACUGGCACAGCCUCUCCGACGCGCACAAGCAGCUACUCAUCGACCGUGCACCCAAUCUGCCUACCUGCGCCUCACCUGGGUCCUCCACACCCAGCUCCUCGGCGCUGGCCACCGCCACUCUCGCCGACUUUGUGACGCUGACGCAGCGCCUCGAGGCGGAGGGCGGCGUGGGUGGAGGCAGCUCGCUCGAGAAGCAGGCGAUCGGGCAGCACGACGACCGGACCUACUCGCUCAAGGACAAGUCGCUAAUCUCGCACCUCGCCGCCGUGCUGCGCUGCUCCGAGGUCGCGAUGGCGGCGCACCUCGAGAACAGCGACGACGUCGGGCUCAGCGCGCAGCACUUUUACGAGCGGUCGCCCGUGCUUCCGAGCCCGCCCCCGCCCCCGCUGCCCCUCGCCGCCGUCAACGACUGGCUCAACAAGCUCGCCCAGCCGUCCGCGAUGACGCGGCUCCUGCUCGCCGAGAUCGUCCCUCGCACGGCGCCCGAGCAGCUCAAGGUGCUCGUCCGGAUCGUGCGGAAGGACCUGCGCCUCGGGGCGGGCGCAGCGACCAUCCUGAAGGGCAUCGGUGGCGAGGGCGCGUGGGCGAGGUUCAAGGCGCAGCCGCACGAGCUCGAAGCCAUCUGUCAGCUGCAAGCCGGCACCAAGACCGCCUCCAAGACCGGCGGCGGCGGCGGCGGCGGCGGCGGCAAGGGCAAGGGCAAGGGCAAGGGAGUCGGCGGCGGCAUGGUUGCGGCGGGGCGGCCGUGCAAGCCGCAGCUCGCGGGGCAGUGCAACUCGUUUGAGGUCAAGUACGACGGCGAGCGGCUGCAAGUGCACAUGACCCGCGACGGCGGCGUCGCCUUCUUCUCGCGCUCCCUCAAGGACGUGCCCGCCACCAAGGUGAUCGGCCUCGAGGCGGCGCUGCGCAAGGCCUUCCCGCCCCUCUCGCCGGGAGGGCCUGCGCGUGAGGUGGUGCUCGACGGCGAGGUUGUGAUGAUGGCGGCCGACGGCACGGUGCUCGCCUUCGGCGCGCAGGGCGUGCACGAGCAGAAGAAGCACAAGGACGCGACCUGCUGCCUCGUCGUCUUCGACCUGCUCGCGCUGGACGGGGGAGCCCUCACCUCCGAGCCACUGCAGCGGCGCCGCCAGAUCCUCGAGGCUGCCCUCGUGCCGCAGGAGCUCGCUCUUUCACCUAGUCGCUGGCUAUCACUGCAGUCACGCCCAAGAUGCAUGGAGCGCUACCAAGGACUAGCAGGCGGGGUCUCACUCACAUGCCCCCCUCCGCAGGAGAAGCAAGUUCGCCUCUCCGACUGCAAGCUCAUGCGGACGAGCGCGGGCGUGGCAAGGGCGUUUGGCGAGGCGGACGCGCAGAAUCUCGAGGGGCUGAUGAUCAAGGAUGCGGCGGGGCCGUACGUGCCGAACGACCGCAAGGUCUGGCUCAAGAUCAAGAAGGACUACCUCGGCGAGGCCGCCUGCGACGCGGCCGAGGUCGACAUGGCCGACUCGGUGGACCUCGUCGUCCUCGGCGCCUUCUUCGGCACCGGCCAGAAGGCAUCCCUCUACUCGAGCUUCCUGAUGGGCUGCUUCGACGAGGAGGAGGACGCGUGGCGCGUGGUGUGCAAGCUCUCAAACGGCUUCUCGAUGGCGCGCCUCGAGGAGCUCAAGGGCGCGCUCACGGGAGGCGACACGCCGCUCCUGCGCCGCCUCGACCCCACCGACGAGCUGCCGAGCUGGUAUCCGCAGGAGGCAAAGGGAGGCAGCCGCCCCGACGCGGUCCUGCGGGCGGCCCCCUCCGACGAAGAGGGGUGCUUUGUGUGGGAGGUCAAGGGUGCCGCUUUCACCGAGGGCAACAAAUCGACGGGCUCCGCCUUUUCCAUCCGCUUCCCGCGCCUCGUCCGCGAGCGCGACGACAAGGAGGUGUCGGACGCGAGCACGGCGGAGUACAUCCACGGCCUCAUCAGCCUCAAGAAGGGCACCGUCAUCGACCUCCCCUCGCUCGCGGGCGGCUCCGGCUGCGGCGGCGACGCGGGCGGCUCCGCGGCGGCCGCCGCAGCGGCUGGCGACGGUGAGCAGGAGGAGGAGGAGGACGACGACGACGAAGAGGUGCCCAGCUCGCCCGGCUCGCCCAUCUCGCGCGCUCGCGCCGCCGCGGCCGGCGCCGGGCAGGCGAGCAAGGACCCGAGGCCGCUCUGCCGGUUCGGCUGGGACUGCUUCCGCAGGAACGCGCAGCACAAGGCGCAGUACCGCCACGACGAGGCGCCCGCCCUCGGCCGGGCGGCCGCGGGCGGGGCCAACGCGGGCGAGGCCAAGGUGGCGGGCAAGCGCAAGCGCGCCGCCAGCGACGAGGACGGCAGCGGCGGCGAAGGCCGCCGGCAGCGCACGGCGCACGACGAGGGCGGCGAGGGCGGCGAGGGCGGCGAGGGCGGGGCGGCGGACGAGUUCGAGGUCGAGUCCAUCGACGAGGACGAGCCGGCGGACGACGAGGGCGCCCCGGCCGGGGAGCAGCAGGCCGGGCAGGUGGCGGCGAAGGGUGGCGGCGGCGGGGUUGGCCGGUGGGAGGUGAUGCUCGGAAAGACGUUCAAGCCGUUCGUCGAGGCAAUCUCGGACGAGAUCGAGGAGGCGUGGCGGGCGGGGGAGGGGGAGGUUGAGGUGGAGCUGCGAGGCGAGCCGUACGUCGUCCGCUUCCGCGACAUGGUCCAGGAGGCGAAGGGCGACUCGUCGCGCUGGCGCUCGGUGCAGCGCGUCAUGUGA